AGGACAUACCAGUCUCUGCACAUUGCCCUGUGACUGUGGGGUUCCUGGUGAAGUCUGCAGCAUCGCUGUGGCUUGGGGAAGUGGUGGCAUCAGAGCAAAAUGAGCCAGGCAGAAGGGGCUUUCUCUGUCUCUUGUCCUCUUGCUUCUGCUUCGUCUUUUUUGCAAGCCAGCUGUGAAAGUUUAAAGUGACCAAGAAGUCAGCAGUAAGUCAGAGUACUCUCAAUGCUCACGAAAAUGGAGAGCAGUUCCUCACUUGUGGUGUUUCUCCUGCUGAUCUGCUCCAUCAACAACAGUUGCUCAUUUUCAUAUUCAGUGUUUAUCAGCAAAGAUGAAGCACACAAAGUGCUGAAAAUCCAGAAACGUGCUAACUAUUUCCUAGAGGAAUUUCGUCCAGGGAACUUGGAGAGAGAGUGCAACGAGGAAAAGUGUUCACUUGAGGAGGCUAAGGAGAUCUUCCAUUCCCAGGAGAAAACGAUGGAGUUUUGGUUCUAUUACAAAGGUUUGAAUCCAUGUAGCACAAACCCCUGUAAGAAUGGUGGAGUCUGCAAAAUAAGACACUACAAUUACUUCUGCAUCUGCCCCCCCAGAUUUGGAGGAGACAACUGUGAAAAAGAGAAGCUGGAGUGCUGGUACAAGAACGGGGGGUGCUGGCAGUACUGCCAGGACAGCAGCAGCUCCUUCCAGGUGGUGUGUUCCUGUGCCAGGGAUUACACCCUGCAUGAAGAUGGGAAGAGAUGUGUGCAAGCAGCACGAUUCCCAUGUGGACUGAUUAAAGCCAGGCAGGCACUGGAGGAGGAGAGGCUGGGGCAGGAAAAGCUCCCGAGGGCCCUGAGCAAGCACGGGAAUGAUGUGGCCAAGUGGAAUGACAGCACAGUUCCACAAAACAUGUUGGAACAAAGUGAUCUUGGGGCAAAUGAGACCUUAAGGGGUGUCCUUGGGCAAGGGAAGUGCACGGAGGGUGCUGCUGAAGAGACUGAGGUGGCAGAAGCUGCUGGCAGCUGGAACAAGGCACCGCUGGACUCAGGUACCCAGGAGCUGAGGGAAGAGAAUGCUGCUGGGCUGGGGAUCCCUGCACACGAUGUGGCUGUGGAGGAGACAGCACCGUGCAGGGAGCCCACUUGGGGCCCCACCUGGCAGAAUGAGGCCACAGCUGCUGCCAGGCAGGAGAAAAGGCUGGAAAAACCUGGGGAGAGCCAGGAGGAGACCAUGCCCAGAGAGAGCAACGGGAGCAGUACCUGGGGAAAUGGUUCAGACACAGCUCUGUUCACUCAGACAAGAACCAACUUGACUUCAGAGCACAGUAACUUCAGGAUAACAGGAGGAACUCUGUGUCAUCGUGGACAUUGCCCCUGGCAGGUUUUGAUCCGGAACAGCAGAGAUGUUGGGUUUUGUGGUGGGAGUUUGAUCAGCAGUCGCUGGGUGGUCACGGCUGCUCACUGCCUGGAUCUCAUCAGACCCCACCACGUUACUGUAGGAGACUUUGACAAGUACCGGCGAGAACUGAAGGAACAGAAGAUCGGUGUGGCCCGGAGCUGGACACACCCACACUACGAUCCCAGUGACUACAACAGUGACAUCGCUUUGCUGUACUUGAGCACGGAUGUUACAUUUAACCAGUACAUCGUCCCCAUCUGCCUGCCCAGCCCCGCCCUGGCCAAGCUGCUCUCCGAGGAGGGUCGGAUCGGGAGGGUGAGCGGAUGGGGUGCCACCCACGAAAGAGGAUCCACCCUGCGGUUCCUGAUGCAGACCCAGCUGCCCAUCGUCAGCCUGCAGAGGUGCCAGAGCUCCACCCGCAGGGUGGUCACGGACAACAUGUUCUGUGCGGGGUACGGCUCCCUGGCUGCCGACGCCUGCAAAGGGGACAGCGGGGGCCCCUUCGCGGUCUCCUACCACAACACUUGGUUUCUCCUGGGCGUCGUAAGUUGGGGUGAGGGCUGUGCUGAAGAAGGGAAAUACGGGGUCUAUACGAGAGUUUCCAACUACAUGGCGUGGAUUAAAGAGGUGGUUGAAAGUGUAGCAGAUUCAGAAAACUUUACCAUUAACUUUUCCUAAUGCUGUCUUUAAAACUGUAACAACACUGUUAGUACCUUGUUUCAGUCUAAAGCACGUUGCAGUUCCUGUCGGUGAUGGUAUAAAAUGGAAACCUUCCAAGUAACUGAGUCUGGUUACCACAAAUACUAAAUUAUUUUACUCAGUAACACUUGAACAACUUGGUGGAAUAAAGUAUUCUGCAAACAACAGAGGAGACUGCACUACAGCCUUUCUAAACAUAAAUUCUAUGAGAAAGGGUAGGCUGUUGUGUUUGGGGUUUUUUGGAGAAAAGUAUAUUUCUGGCAGUGGUGUCUACCUUAUAGCUAUGAAACCCUCUGCUGGACAUGGCAGCAUAUCAAGGUUUGUCACUGUUACC